AUGACCAAUACACCGCUUAGCGUUCGCAAUUAUUUUAAAUUAGACUUAUUGCUAGCUCAUUCACAUAUCAUUCUUCGUCAAGUGUUUAAAAACCGCUAUCGACUAUUUACAAACGGUCAAUUAUGGAACGAUUCGUUAAAAUGUGGAAAAAAGUAUUUAGCCAAUGUUAUCGGCAAGAGUAAAAAGUUUAAUUUAACAACAGUCCAAAAAACGUUAGUUCGUGUUGGAGAUUCAAAUGAAUGGGAUUUAACAACAUUAACGAGUCUUUUGUUAAAUACUGAUCGUCCGAAAACUCUUAACACAACUCAAAUACAACAACUUGACAAUGAAGAUAAAAUGUUAAUUGAAUUAAGAGCUAUUCGAAAUACAUUAGCUCAUCAUGCAUCAAAAACUAUUGACAACAACGAGUUUCAUCAGUUGUGGUCAAAAUUAGUAGCAAUUCUAGUUGUUUUCGGUGGUUCUGAUGAGGAGUUAAAUGAACUCAAAAGCGACAGUAUGUUUGAACCGUCUAAACAACCGAUUAAUGAAUCCAACGUAUCGGAAGUAUUACGUCUGAAUUCUUUAGGAUCACAAGCUCAUAAAGAACAAAACUUUUCUGAUGCAAUUACAUUAUUUACAAAGGCAGUCAACAUAACAGAUGUUUCAAACCAUCAGCGUGCUAUUGUCUAUUCAAAUAUGUCAGCAAGUCGUCUUGCACUACAUGAAAAGCAAGUGAGCGCAUCGAAUAUGUUAGCCGAUGACGAUCCAACAGAUCAACGAUAUCGCGCUCUUCAUGAUGCGAAACAAGCUCGAAUGCUGUCUUCAACAUCAUGGCAGGGACAUUUUCGUGUUGGCAAAGCUUAUGCCGCUUUAAAUGAUCAUGAAAAAGCAAUUAAUUCGUUUGAACGAGCAUUAGCACUUGAUCCAAAUAGUAUCAAAAUACAGGAAGCAAUCAAUGAUAGUCAACAGGUGCUAUGUCGACAAUCACGACAUGAACAUCUUGAUCCACGAGGUCAACCAAUUACGAUGCAAGAACAUUUAAAUGAAAUGCAACAAAAAUAUGGUCAUGAUCCACAACAAAUACGUAUGGGACACGAGUUACUUGGCAAAAUUGAUCCGUCUGCUGCUGAUGUUAUUAUGGGGCAUAAGUAUGAACAUGGUGAUAUUGAUAUUAAACAAAACCAUGAACAAGCCGCUAGAUAUUUUGCUAAAGCAGCCAAUCAAGGUAAUGCUGAAGGAAUGUAUAAUUUAGCUCGGCUAACUGAUCGUGGUUUGGGUGUCAAUAAGGAUUCUAAGUUCGCCACUACACUACUCGAGAAAGCAGCCGAACAAUCAGCAGACCAUCCUAAAUUCAAAGGCCUUACGAAUGUUGGUGUCGCUGAAUCCGAACAUUCAUUAGGACUUCGUUAUGCUGAAGGCGUUUUUGUUCAGAAAAAUCUUUCGACAGCUGCUCAAUGGUAUCAACGUGCUGUUGAUCAUGGCAGUGCUGAGGCGUCUAAUAAUUUAGCUAUAUUGUAUCUGAAUGGUACUGGUGUUGAAAAGGAUCUCCAAAAAGCCAACCAAUUAUUCGAAUUAUCAGCUAGAAGAGGCGAUCCAAAGGCUAUGUUGAAUUUAGCCUGGGGCUUAUUGGAAAUAAAUGAUCUUGAAAUGGCAAAAAUUUGGUUUGAUCGAGCAUGUGAAGCAGGUAAUCUUUAUGCUCAAGCAAAACGAAAUGAUUUUGAAUCAGCUCUACGUCAAAAACAACAAAUAAUCGAAAACCAUCCUUCCAGCGCUUUACAAGCAAUGGAAGAAGCAACAGCUUUUUCUGAUCUUAUAACAGCAAUACAAUUCGAGAAUUCCCUUUCUAACGAUUCAUCUGUUUAUGAUCUUAAUGUAUUAAAUGAACAUGCGAAACGUGGUUCGCAAACAGCGGAAAAAAUGUACAAUGCUUUGCGACAUUUUCACAACGCACUACACCUCAUUACAAAAUCAGAAUCAUUAACAAUUCAACAAGAAAAUAUAUUCAUACAUGAAUAUGCACAGUGUUGUCGUAUUGAACAUACUGUCGCUGAAAUUCCAAAUAAAAAUAUAGAAAGAAAGAUUGAGCGUAUUAUUGAUCGAGUAUUUCAACGUUGUUGUAACGAUUCAAAUCUUAUCAAUUCGCAACUAGAUGAAGAUGUUAGAGUAUGUUAUGUCGUGUUACACGUAGGUUCGCCCAAAAUAAAUCUUCGAUUUCUCAAUUCAUGUAAACAAAAAUAUCCAAAAGUCGUAUUUUUUCUGGAAUUUAGCGGUGCUAUGAACGUAAUGCUAGGACAAUUUGAAGCUGCUGUAUCUGAUGCUAAUGCUGGUCUUAAAAUAGAUCCAAAUUAUUAUGAACUUUUGUUUAUGAAAGCUACUGUAUUCGUUGUGCUGGAGAAAGAAUUAGAUGAAAUAAUCAACGCAUAUCAAACAUUUUUGACAGAUGCACCUAGGGAUCAUUGCAAAGUACCCGAAUCAUAUUAUUCGAUGGCUUGUCGUUAUGUGGAAUGCAGUGACGAUGAUGAUUUAAUUGAGGAAACAUAUAAGCAAGGCGAGGAAGCAGAAAAAAUACAAUUACCAUGCUUUUUGCCUUAUAAAUCCGAUAAUAAAAUGGCUCUUAAAGCUGCAUUCGAGGACGAAUGUUCACCUGAUCUAAUACCAGUUCUUGUUCCUGAUCGUCGUUCACGUCUAACCGAUCUACAUCGAAUCGAUAUUUUUAAGAGACAUCGUCAAUGGUCGGCGUCUAUGUCCUCAAAUAAAAAUGCUCCUAUAGGUAUAACUCAAAAACCUCGUGUUAAGCAACCGACAUCGAAGUCCUUAAUUGGUUUGAAAUCAAUUUCAUUGAGAGAAAUAAAUCCAACAAAAGAUCAUGUCUAUAAUGGAUAUGUUCUUUCUGUAACAAUUAUUGAUGAAGCUCUUAGUUGGAAACCAUCUAUUCAUCUUGUGAUUGAAGAUGAAAAUUAUGAUUGUGAUCAUAUGGUUGUUUAUGAUUUUCAAGAUACACAAGGCAAACAUUUGAUUAAUGAAGUAUUUACAAUUGGAACGAAAAUGAGCAUUAUAAAUCCAUAUUUACGAAUAGGUGCGAAUGAUGGUAAACCUUUCAUUCGUGUCGAUGAUUUUUCAUCAAUUAUAUUCCAACAUGAAUCCGAACGAGUAGUGAACAUGUGUCGAUGUUGUGGCCAAUCAAAUGCAUCACAUGUUUGUAGUCGAUGUAAACGAGCACGCUACUGUACAAAAGAAUGCCAAAUAAUGGACUGGAAAUUAUAUGAACAUAAACUGAUAUGUAUAGAUCGUUCUUACAGAGAAAAGAGUCCUAAAUUUGAUGAACCCGUCGCUCAAAAAUUCGAUGACCAACAAGAAGACACCACACAAGCUAAUCAGCUUCGUCUACCACUGAUUCCAAUCGAUGCUGCACAAAACGAUACUGGAGCACAAACAAGCAAUUUAUUUCCUCUUGCACCUGCUUAUAAAGAAAAAAAUGUACCACUUGGAAGUUCCGUUUGGAUGGCGAGUAACUCACUGCACUUACUAAUGAAACGAAAUAAUCAUUUAUGUCUACUCGAUCGAAACUUGGACGUGGUUAAAAAGACUCCAUGGUCAUCUAAUGAAAAUGUUAUCGACAUCUGCUGGUGUGAUACACUCGAUCAAUUCUUUGUACUUGGCGAUGAAGAUUCCUUCGUCUCUCUUCAUAGAUCGACGAUGGCUCGUAAAACACUUCCUGUUGAUCCUAAUAUAAAAUUACUGUGUUGUACAUGUUCCAAUAGUAAACUGUAUGUGUCGAACAGAAAAGGCGGUUCAAACAUUUUUAUAUACAGUCUCUUACCAAAUAUUGUCCUUGUGAAGCAAUGGAAUUCACCAGCGACCUGCACAAUAGAGGAACGGAUCGAAUACAUGCGUUAUAGUAAUGAGAAACUUGCACUUAUUAUAAACAAUAUAAGCCACAACAUGCGACUUGAGCUACGAUGUGAGUCAACACUGGAAAAACUUUGGUCACUUAACCUGGGUAAUUAUAUGUCUCCAUUUUAUGGGUAUCAUAUUUGCCCGUUGCCAGCUGAUGAAUGGCUGGUAAUUGCUCAGACCAACUCGCGACUUUUACAUAUCGCUCCCGAUGGAACGAUAAAGGCUUCGAUUGUAUAUGAGCCAAGAUGUUGUAGUGCUGCACUUUUUGGUCCAGAUGUAUUGGCUAUCUCAACCGAUUAUCGUUUAUUUCUGCAUAAACUUUGA